GGCGACUGCACUUGCCCCCUUAGCGCAUUGUCCAUCUCGAGACCGGCAGACGUUAACAGUCGCAUCUUGUUCGAACGAUCGGUUUAAUUAACAUUUUGAAACUUCCCAGUGCGCCGCAAGGAUCACUUUGUGCCGAGAGUGCUUUAUAGACGUGCCUUACCUUAUACCGUGUUAAACUAAUUGAUCUCUCGUUCGACCGUUCGUUCGUAUUCGCGUGUAGUUUAACGUAGCAGCCAUGGUUGCUGGCAAUAAAAUGAUGAACGUCAGGGUAACGACGAUGGACGCCGAACUGGAGUUCGCGAUCCAGCAGACGACCACCGGGAAGCAACUCUUUGACCAGGUUGUGAAAACGAUCGGACUACGUGAGGUGUGGUUUUUCGGGCUACAGUACACCGACAGUAAAGGAGAUCUAACAUGGAUCAAGCUCUACAAAAAGCAGGAAAACCCAAUAGCGAGACGGGUGAAGAAAGAAGUGAAGAAGAAAGUUCGAAAGCUGAGAGGUCGUUCGGACUCCGAUACCGACGAUGAUGAGUUCGAGGAUGACCUGGUCAUGAACCAAGAAGUCAAGAAGGAGACUCCGUUGCAGUUCAAAUUCCGUGCGAAGUUCUAUCCCGAGGAUGUCGCGGAGGAAUUGAUCCAGGAUAUUACGCUGCGGCUUUUCUAUCUCCAGGUAAAAAAUGCAAUCCUUACGGACGAAAUAUAUUGUCCUCCCGAAACAUCUGUACUGUUAGCUUCUUACGCAGUCCAAGCAAGACACGGGGAUUUCCAAAAAGGCACCCAUAUCGCUGGUUUCCUAGUAAAUGAUCGUUUACUGCCGCAACGUGUUGUGGACCAACACAAGAUGAGCAAAGAGGAAUGGGAAAGUUCCAUCACUAAUUGGUGGCAGGAACACCGCGGUAUGUUACGCGAGGAUGCUAUGAUGGAAUAUUUAAAAAUCGCUCAGGAUUUAGAAAUGUACGGAGUGAAUUAUUUCGAAAUUCGUAACAAAAAGGGUACGGAUCUCUGGUUAGGUGUUGACGCAUUGGGUUUGAACAUAUACGAGAAGGACGAUAAGCUAACUCCAAAAAUUGGUUUCCCAUGGUCCGAGAUCCGAAAUAUCUCGUUCAACGACAAGAAGUUUAUAAUUAAGCCGAUCGACAAGAAAGCGCCGGAUUUCGUAUUUUUCGCGACUAGAGUUAAGAUUAAUAAACGAAUUCUAGCACUGUGCAUGGGAAAUCAUGAACUCUACAUGCGUAGACGCAGACCGGAUACGAUCGACGUUCAGCAAAUGAAGGCUCAAGCAAAGGAAGAAAAGAUUGCGAAGCAGCAACAGAGAGAAAAGUUGCAAUUGGAGAUAGCUGCGAGGGAACGCGCAGAAAAGAAGCAACAAGAAUACGAAGAAAGACUUAGAAAUAUGGCGGAAGAAAUGGAUAGGCGGCAAGCCGAACUGAACGAGGCACAGGAAAUGAUUCGACGUUUGGAAGAACAGCUGAAACAAUUACAAGCUGCCAAAGAAGAAUUAGAACAUCGUCAGAAGGAACUGACAGCUAUGAUGGAGAAACUUGAACUUUCACAUGAAAUGGAGGCUGCAGAGCGUGCCAAGCUCGAACAAGAAAUAAGAGCCAAACAAGAAGAGGUGCAACGCAUUCAGUCCGAAGUUGAGGCGAAGGAUGCAGAAGCAAGAAGACUACAGGAGGAAUUUGAAGCAGCCAAAUUGAGACAAGAAGAAGCCGAUAGAGCAUAUCAGAAUAGUAGUGCAACACCGCAUCAUCAUCAUGUUGAAGAAAAUGAGGAAGGCGAAGAAGAUGGCGAAUAUGAUUAUAUUACUCACGGUGACGUUACUAAGGAUCUUGCAACUGACGAAUCAAUAAUUGACCCGGUUGAAGAACGGCGCACCUUAGCAGAAAGAAAUGAGCGUCUUCAUGAUCAACUUAAGGCUCUAAAGAAGGAUCUUGCGCAAUCACGCGAUGAGUCGAAGGAAACCGUUAUGGAUAAAAUUCACAGGGAAAACGUGCGUCAAGGUCGUGACAAAUACAAAACUCUACGUGAAAUUCGCAAAGGCAAUACUAAGCGUCGUGUUGAUCAAUUUGAAAACAUGUAAAUUAUAUACUCGUUUGCCUACAUGCCUGCCUGACCAUUUCAUCCUGCCGGGAAAAUGCUGUUCCAUCUUUUAUGAACUCAGUAUAAUUAUUAUACCAUGUACAUGAAAAACGUGCCGUCUUCCAUGUAUACUUCCACAUAAUUGAGCAGUUUCUCGCGAAAAUAAAUGUUUAUAUAUAUUUUUCAUCACGUUUUCUUGCUGUUUUAGCUGGAGAAUAUUUAAAUAUUAAUAUUAACGAUACUUCAUGAUGAUAACUUCGUUAUUUUUAACUAUAUUGUUAGCUAAUGUUGUUUUUUCUUCUCUUCCCUUUUUUUCUGCUAAAAUAACAAGAAAAUAUGUUACCGUGGUUUGUGAAUAUUAUUUUAUUUUUCCAAGAACUUUUAAACACCGGCGCGCCAGUAUUUUUUUUUGUCAAAGUAUUACAUACUGUCGGUCACCGAGCGAAAUGCCGCACAUACAUACGUUGACAGUUUGUUUGCUGGUUACCUUUUUGUCGCGGUUCUUAUCACGUCGUUGCGUAUUCUCCGUCCUUGAUAAGGAUUUGUACCAAGAAAUUUUUCGUAUUGUUGUAAUAUGUGUCAUCAGAGAAUUAUUUUUGUCAAUAGCGGUCGCUUAUACGUAUUUACCACUUCGAUUCUAAUUCGUUAUUGUACCAUUUACAGUAUUUAGAAUAGAAGCAAUAGAAGAUGUAAUAUGUUCAGACGACAUCGAGUGUUCAGUAUUUACUCCCUAGUGGGUUACAAGUAACUACGUACAUUGGCCUAAAAUAAUGUAAAAGCGACAGUUUUCUAUACAGAAUGACACCAGAGUAGCGUCACCAAAUUUACUGUUGUAUUCUGCACCCGGAAACUAGUACACAUCGCUUUACGAAUAUACCAUCAAAGUUUAUUAACUUUUGAGAUACAGAUAUUUUUACCAUUCGGACGAUGAUGCUCGAGUGCAUUUGGAACCUUACUGUAGGUGUAAGACGCUCACUUCUUCGUUGCUUGAGACCGUUCGUCACGUGUUUAUGUUAAAGCGACAAGGAAGUUAGUAAUCUCGGAGAAGUACAUCCUACGUAUUAUGCCUUGUAUAGUCAUUGCAAAGACUCACAGAUUUUAUAGAGAAAAUCGUGCUUUCACAAGUUUGUCAGAUAGUCCAUCGUCCGAUUGUUAAUUACUGUAACAUAUUUGAUUUAUUAUAAUUACUUACGUUUACUAUGAUAUAUAUAGUAUACAUUGACGGUAUCCGCUACGUUAAAAAAAUAUGUUUAGAAAUUUGAAUAAAACAUUUGCCAUGGUUGUAAUACUUCAUGAAA